AGUACAGCAGAUUUCAUCUUUAGCUCAAUACGCUGGUUUUAUGUUGGCCUCUGCUCGAUUGAGGUCACUGUUAUUGACAAGGCACUAUUUCUGCCCAUGCUCUCCAUCCAGUUUAAUGUUGUUUCUGUUGGGGAAGAACUUGAAGCCGAAACAGUACAGGAAGGGGAAACGGUCUCCUGUCGCCCUCUGCUCGGUGAUACACUGCUCACUGCCGGCGCCUCGGAGAUUGACCAAGAGGACGUGUUUGCCGCCUUCUUGUGGGUCUCCUCUCAACUCGAAGCUCCUGACCUCUACGCCAACCCCGAUGAUCUGAAUGAUGACGAUGACGAUUCGGAGGAAGCGGAGGCAGAGGAUGAGAAGGAGACUAGCGUUCGCCGAGGUAAAUCAUCUACCACUUCCGACCUUUUUCUCUUCUUCUAA